GAGGAAAUCUCACCUUAUCCACACUCUCACCACAAUCCCUUAUCCAUUUCCAUCUCAACAAAUCUCCUCUUUUAUCAGAUUCCCUCAUAAUCUCAUUACCCCCCAUUAACAACAACUGACCGCCAUUAAUUCCAUCUCCAACUUUGUCCAAUCACUUCCAAACCAAUGGCCACCAUGAAUUCCAGUGUUCUGGCUUGCAACUAUGCCAUUUCCGGCGCUGGAUCGGCUGACCUCAACUCUAAACUCACCGCCGCCCCUUCUGUUGCGUCUCCUGGGGUUGUGGGUUACAAGUUGCCGGCUAUUAGAGCUCAACAGACUAAGGUUCCUGAAGCUAAGAACGAUGGAAGGAGGACUGCGCUUCUUUACCUUGGAGCCUCCCUCUUUGCUGCGGCUGCGGCUGCCUCUAACUCCUCUGCUAAUGCUGGAGUCAUUGAAGAUUAUCUUGAGAAGAGUAAAGCUAACAAGGAAUUGAAUGACAAGAAAAGAUUGGCAACAAGUGGAGCAAACUUCGCAAGGGCAUACACUGUUGAAUUUGGAACAUGCAAGUUCCCAGAGAACUUCACAGGGUGCCAAGAUCUUGCCAAACAAAAGAAAGUUCCAUUUAUAACUGAUGAUUUGGAAUUGGAGUGUGAAGGGAAGGACAAGUACAAGUGUGGUUCCAAUGUCUUCUGGAAAUGGUGAAGAGAAGAGAACCAUUUUUAAGUCUUUGUACCCAUUACUCACUUCUCCCCUUGUAUCUAAUUUUCAACUAUUGAAAAGUGUGAAAUUUUAUUGUUUGCCUUUUUUGGGGACAUGUGUUCCAAUUCCAUUGUUUUCUCUUCUCUAUUUGAGACCAAAAGAAGCAAAAUGUGAAAGUAGAAACCCUAGACAUCUAUGGCCUUAACA